AUGGCCUUGAGCGCCGCCAAUUAUUCCGCUCUGCCUCCCAGAGCGGCCCUAUGUUUCAACGCCUUCCAUAUACGCUUGAUACAGGAGAUCCUUGCCAAUCCCGGCGCGGAUUCUUUCGACAGCUUCGCCGAAUACAUGAAGCAAAUCGAGGUUUACUUGGACGCUGUCCGAAUCAUUCUUCCAGCACCUUCAGCCGGAGAGGGUGACCUCCUGAAGUCCGAACGUCAACUUGUCUGUGCUUGGCUCCGCCGCGUACUCUUGGAUCUGCUCUGCGCACUAAGGCAUUACGCGGUCGCCAGUCCUACGACAAGCGGAGCGAAUGGUCCGGUGAGGCUGGCACAGACUGCACGCCGUGGGCGGCCACUGGAGCACCGAGACUCACACAACCGAGUCUUCCGGUCGACGAUCGACAGUAUAGUACAAACUAUCGCUAGCCAGCCCCUGCUCUUCGGCCCGCUCUUACCCCAAGACAUUCCCGCUAUACCCGACCCCUCCGAGGACGAGUCCUCCGUGAGCGUUCGCGUUGCGUAUCUCGCGUACGGAGAUCUAAAGCGUUUGUCGGACCACGCUCGAGAGGCCGCGGCCACACCAGCUCAUCCAAACGAAACGCAGUACGUUGCGCUCGUGUUCGUUUCUGGCGGCCGAAUGAGCACCGUAUACUAA